AUGAGGAGUCUACUAAUUGUUUAUUCUUUAAUUAAUUUGUGUAAACUUAGCUUUGAGUUUCCAGAGAAACGACAAGCCGGUUUAAUACCAAACUGUGGAGACCAAUGGUCAAAUGUACCUAACCCCUGUAAAAACAACCAUAAUAACCAACUAUACUACCCCCACCCCCACGACAAGGCCAAGUUUCUACAGUGCACGGCGGAUGGGGAGAUGUACAUUAUUCAGUGUCCCCAGGGGAAGGAGUAUAACCCCUCUGUUACCAGCUGCGCUCCUCCCGUGACCACUACACCCGCUCCAGUUACUGUAGCCUUUAGAAAUCCCUGUACAGCGUCCGCGAUAGCCAGUGGACAAAUUUACUUCCCAUACCCUAACGACAACACUAAAUUCAUGGUGUGUGAGGGUGUGGACCAAGUGAACAUAAUGGUUUGUCCUUCUCCAUUAAUCUGGGACAAUACAAGGCAGUCCUGUGUCUACGCCGCCAUUAUCGGACAGACACCACCACCAGCCGCAACCACCGUGGCACCAGAUUCCUCACUGUCAACUUGUCAACACAUGACAGUACCCCCAGGAGGGGUCUACUUCUCCCACCCUAACCCAUCCAAGUUCAUUCAGUGCGCCCCAGGGGGUACGGCGUACGUCCUAACCUGUCCCGAGGGAACAGUGUGGAACGAGUUCAGUAAACUGUGUGUCUCCCCAUUUGGUAAUCCUACAGCCUCCCCGUCAUUCUAGAGAGUCCAUAAUAGUAGAUAUAUAUUAUUGACUGUAUUAAUAAACUUCUCAGAAGCU